UCUCGUCGGCAGGGUAUUCGGCGUAAAGCUAGACGUGGCAAAUGCAAGGACACAAUGUCGUUUUUCGCGGAUUGCUCCGUUGUCUUUUGUUCACAAUUCUUCUUCUUCGGUAUGGGUUGGAUGUUCUUCAUGAGGAGACUAUUUAGAAACUAUGAAGUACACCACACGGCCGUUCAGCUGGUCUUCUCAUUAACUUUCGCUCUCUCGUGCACCAUGUUUGAGCUCGUAAUUUUCGAGAUUCUUGGUAUUCUGGACAAGAGUUCAAGAUUCUUUCACUGGAAACUCGGGCUUUACUCCAUGUUAUUUACCUUAAUUUUUCUCCUGCCCUUCUACAUAUCUUAUUUCCUAGUAAGGACGAUUCGAUUUGUCCACAGGAGGAGAAUUGUGGUUCUACUCGCGGGUACGUUUUGGCUUGCCUUUUUGUACAUGUUUUGGAAAAUUGGAAAUCCGUUCCCAAUUUUAAGUUCUAAGCACGGAAUAUUCUCGAUCGAGCAGGGAAUCAGCCGAGUGGGGGUGAUCGGGGUCACUAUGAUGGCCAUAUUGUCUGGAUUUGGUGCAGUUAAUUGCCCAUACACCUACAUGACCUACUUCAUGAGACACGUGACCGAUGCGGAUAUUCAAAAUCUAGAAAGAAGACAGUUCCAAACAAUGGAUAUAAUUCUCAGUAAGAAAAAAAGGAUUGCUCUGGCAAAGAGAGAAAGCCAGCGCUUUGCUGCAUCCACACAGCAAAAGACAGGAAUUUGGAGCAUGUUCAGUAGUAUGACAGGGAGUGGUGGCCCUGACACCAGUUAUCUCCAAAAAGAAGUAGAUGCUCUGGAAGAACUUAGUCGACAAUUGUUCCUGGAAAUUGUGGAUCUGCAUAAUACCAAGGAGAGAAUGGAAUUAUCAAAGACAUUGCAAGGAAAAUACUUUGACUUAGUUGGGCAUAUAUUCUCUGGGUAUUGUAUUUGGAAGAUUUUCAUCUCAACAGUAAACAUUGUGUUUGAUCGUGUUGGCAAGACUGAUCCUGUCACGCGUGGUAUUGAAAUAACUGUCAAUUAUCUUGGAUGGAAAUUUGAUGUGUUAUUCUGGUCACAGCAUAUCUCAUUCUUCUUGAUUGGAAUCUUAAUUGUGACAUCAAUAAGAGGUCUCCUCAUAACACUGACAAAGUUUUUCAAUGCAAUGGCGAGUAGUAAAUCUUCUAAUAUUAUUGUUCUUUUUUUGGCUGAAAUCAUGGGUAUGUACUUUGUUUCGUCUGUCUUGUUAAUGAGGAUGAACAUGCCUGGUAAAUACCGGGAGAUUAUUACAGAAGUACUUGGUGAACUUCAAUUUAAUUUUUAUCAUCGUUGGUUUGAUGUGAUUUUCCUCAUAAGUGCUCUUUCAAGUAUUGGAUUUCUCUACCUUGCCCAUAAACAAGCUCCUGAAAAACACAUGUAUGAUAAUUCCUUUUAGACCUUUGACCAUUUAGGGUUUGAUAUUAGUUAUCAGUGAUCACUUCUUGUGUCAAUCAAAAUAUAAACAGUCUUGAUAUAGAGCAACUUUGCUUGAAUAGGCAGUUAUAAUCAGGAUCAAUCUUGGGCAAUGUUAGUCAAAUUUUGUAUUGAUCUAAGAAAUUGAUCAAGUUGAGAUUCUACCAAGUAAAGAGUUGAAACAACAUGAACGAAUCAGUUCAUCAGGAUAUACUUCAGAUUAGUACUUCUGUGUAUUUGAUAAUA